UUUUAUUUUAUUAAUUACUAUUCCAUUCUACUAUAAUACUCUGGGUAUUUGAUUAUGACUAUCCUUUACUUUGAUUUGAUUUUCAUUUAAUUAUUCUUAGGACAUACUUCGCUUUGAUCUAUAACUGGUUGAAUCGCCAACUGCUAUAGUUCCUGCUUAUACCUUCACCUCACGUCCCUUCCUUUUUAUUCUCGAUAUAUCUCUCGAUAUUGCUAUGAAUACUAUGUGAUAGUUUUGUCUAUCUUGGCCUGGAAACCCCCUUCACCAGAUCUUGCCUCUCACCCCUUUAGUGCCUUCAUUCCACCAGGCAAGGCAUGGUCAACAUUCACGAGCACCACUGUUGCUAUCCGACCAAGACCCGCAUGGCUUCAUGAUAUUCACAAUUAGAGAGUAUACAACCUCGAAUCUUGUGUCUACCUAAUUGACCCAUUCCUGAGGGUUUCACCCCCCGACUGCUCAUUCACUUUUCCGCCGUUACAAACCAGCGAUUGCAACCGUGGAUUGGUAGUGGAUAGUGACAUUGAAUAUAUCACCAUCUGUCAAUGAGAGCUCCGCAACAACUCCGGUUACCAAAAUUACUCUCCUAGAUCUCUCAACCUCAGUCUUCUUGCCGGAUUUUUCUUUUCUCUUUCUUGCCAUAUGUCUCUUCCAGUCCUCCGGACACACUCAUUUCCUACUGUCCCUCCGAUCACCCCCACCCCACCUGUCUACACUCGCGCGGAAGGCGUAAGGAAGCGACAUCUCGAAUCUGUGCCCGACGUGUCGGAUCACUGGACCGCUCCCUUCAGGGACGGUUUACCAACUCCUCCCAGCGACAUGACCGGCGUGGCCUACAACAGCAUACCCCCGUCCAACUAUGGCUCGAAAUUGGAGGGCAUCACCCUUCCGCCCUACGCCAAACCCCCCAAUUACUCGUGGAUUCCCUCGGAGCCGUCGAGUGCCGUGACGCUAUCCAACCACCGAAACCAUCAGCCGUCAAUCCAGAACGCCCCGGCCUCGGAACCGGAGAGUCGGAAGAAAAGCACCAAUUCUGUCCCCUCAUAUCUAAAAGUUCCUCCAUCUAUCAACAAUGGCAAGGGGAGCUUGACUGAGUUCGCUGCGCAGAUGACGUGCCUCUUUUGGUUCGAAAGCACUGCCAAGUUGAAGGCCAUUGAAGACCGCCUGAACCCCGCCCCUUACCUUGUUCCGGAGGCCUUUCCUACGGCCGGAUUUCAGAAAUGGGUGACCAAUAUUCUCUCGACCACCCAAGUGAGCCAGAACGUCAUCCUACUGGCAUUGAUGUUCGUUUACCGCCUAAAGAAGUUUAACCCCGGAGUGCGAGGGAAGAAGGGCAGUGAGUAUCGUCUCAUGACGAUUGCCUUGAUGUUAGGGAAUAAAUUCCUUGAUGACAACACUUACACCAACAAGACCUGGGCCGAGGUCUCCGGGAUCUCGGUUCAAGAAAUUCACAUCAUGGAGGUCGAAUUUCUUAGCAAUGUUCGGUACAACCUGUUCGCGUCCGAGGAACAGUGGGCGGAAUGGCAUACGAAGCUUGCUCUUUUUGCCGACUUUUUCAACAAGGCGACUCCUGCACUGGAGACCAACGAAAUGGGCCCAUCCCCGCCAGUCCUCCGUCUCUCGCCCAAUUUGGGACCGCUCCCUCGGGUGCCGCAGCUGUCGUCUCCAGUAUCCAAACUGCCCUCGCCCCCCGCAUCUGAUUCUCUUCGCUCUCACAACUGGAAUUUGCCAUUGAAUGGCCCAGCAUACUCGGCCGCUCCCCAGCCACGGAACGAGGGACCCGUUCUUUCUCGAAAACGUACUCGAGACGAGCAGAUCGAGGAGCAUCCGGCCAAGAGAGUGGCAAUGCCAAAUUCCGCGCAGAAACCUCUGCCUGUCUUGCCGCCGUCGUCGGCGUUGGCGAACAUGCCAGCAUUGCCUUCAGUCUUGACUCCGACAUCAGCCACUUCACAACCUUCUCUGCCCACAAGUGUCUCGAGACUGCCUCCACCUAACUUCCCGCCGCCCUCCUCUUACGCCUACACCCCUACUAUCCCGACCCCGGUAUCUCAGUACCCCCCCGCCGCCUCUCGCGCCAUGCAGUCUUCUUUCCACCCCGCUCCCACCUGGCCGUCUCAAAUGACUCAGUCGAUGACUGUCCCCCCCAUGACCAAUGGACCUUAUGCCUCCAAUACAUCGAUCUCCCUGCCAGAUCCUGGAAGACUGAACAGUAGUCCAUUCGGAGUGUCAUCGGCCACCGUGUCUCCUGCAUCGGCAUAUUCCGUCCAUACUCCUCAAACCUAUCCAUCUCCCUCCUACCUUCUCGCGAACCGAAACUCGCCCUAUCGGCCCGUGCGAAGCGUCAACACCCUGUUGAUCCCCCCGCCAUCCUCGUCAUUGCAACAGCAACGCAACAUCCCCUACGAGCACAUGCACUAUCAGCCACUCGGCAAGACUGCGGCCGACCGCAAGUCUGGUCUGUUGCCGUACCUUCAACCCGAGGAUUGGUCGCAGGGACAGCAGUUCCUCCACCCUAUCUUCCACUCCACCCCAAACUAUUAGAGAUGGCUGGAUUUCAUUAUCGCAAAACCACCCAUCACGCGUUACGACGAUUCAUACGAGAGAGAUGCUGAUCCUUCUUCCAUUCUGAUUAUUGAACUUACGACAACUCUGUAUAUUGUACUUUUAACCUUUUCUUCUUCUAUUUUUCACGACCUGGCAUCAUUAUAUGGCGUUUUGACAUAGAACUCGGAUUAACAACGUGUCUGGGGGAUUGAAGACUUUUAUCCAUUCUCAUUCUCAUUUCAUCUACUCCUGAAGCAUUAUGGGACUCGGCGUCUUUUAUCUAUCUUCUACUGCAGAUUUGAUCUGCGAAUACAUACAGUGUGUUGAUUUAUGCAAUGCAUGUUUAGGCGCUUUCUAGUGGUGUUCCAAAUGGACAUACUUAGCUAGGUCGGCUGGCAGGUCUUCUGCUGGCAAUCAAAAUGAUUAUCG